AUGAAUUGGCCGUCAACUUCUGACUUCACUAAAAGUACCUUCUCUACAAUGCCUAAUUGGGAAACCACCACACAGAAACCAACGGACCAAACAACUUCUCCAACAACUAAGGGUACAACUGGGCCUUUACCGUCAACAGAACAAACAACAACACAUCCCGCUACAACGAUCGCAACAACUGAAAUGAAUUGGCCGUCAACUUCUGAGUGGACUAAAAGUGCCUUCUCUACCAUACAUAAUUGGGAAACUACCACACAGAAACCAACGGACCAAACAACUUACCUAACCACAAAGGGUACAACUGGGUCACCACCGACAACAGAACCAACAUCUACCAACCUCAGAACGACGAUCUCAACAACUAAAAUGAAUUGGCCGUCAACUUCUGACUUUACUGAAAGUACCUUCUCUACAAUGCCUAAUUGGGAAACCACCACACAGAAACCAACGGACCAAACAACUUCUCCAACAACUAAGGGUACAACUGGGCCUUUACCGUCAACAGAACAAACAACAACACAUCCCGCUACAACGAUCGCAACAACUGAAAUGAAUUGGCCGUCAACUUCCGAGUGGACUGAAAGUGUCUCCUCUACAAUGCAUAAUUGGGAAACCUCCACUAAGAAACCAACGGACCAAACAACUUCUCCAACAACUAAGGGUACAACUGGGCCAUCACCGACUACAGUACCAACAUUCACCAACCCGACCACGACGAUUUCAACAACUAAAAUAAAUUGGCCGUCAACUUCCGAGUUGACUGAAAGUGUCUCCUCUACAAUGCAUAAUUGGGAAACCACCACACAGAAACCAACGGACCAAACAACUUCUCCAACAACUAAGGGUACAACUGGGACAUCACCGACAACAGAACCAACAUCACCAACCCGAACGACGAUCGCAACAACUAAAAUGAAUUGGCCGUCAACUUCUGACUUCACUGAAAGUACCUUCUCUACAAUGCCUAAUUGGGAAACCUCCACUCAGAAACCAACGGACCAAACAACUUCUCCAACAACUAAGGGUACAACUGGGUCAUCACCGACAACAGAACCAACAUCUACCAACCUCAGAACGACGAUCUCAACAACUGAAAUGAAUUGGCCGUCAACUUCUGACUUCACUGAAAGUACCUUCUCUACAAUGCCUAAUUGGGAAACCUCCACUCAGAAACCAACGGAGCUAACAACUUCUCCAACAACUAAGGGUACAACUGGGUCUUUACCGACAACAAAACAAACAUCUACCAACCCGACCACGACGAUUUCAACAACUGAAAUGAAUUGGCCGUCAACUUCCGAGUGGACUGAAAGUGUCUCCUCUACAAUGCAUAAUUGGGAAACCAACACACAGAAACCAACGGACCAAACAACUUCUCCAACAACUAAGGGUACAACUGGGCCAUCACCGACUACAGUACCAACAUCAACCGUCCCGACCACGACGAUUUCAACAACUAAAAUAAAUUGGCCGUCAACUUCUGACUUUACUGAAAGUACCUUCUCUACAAUGCCUAAUUGGGAAACCACCACACAGAAACCAACGGACCAAACAACUUCUCCAACAACUAAGGGUACAACUGGGCCAUCACCGACAACAGAACCAACAUCCACCAACCCGACCACGACGAUCGCAACAACUAAAAUUAAUUGGCCGUCAACUUCUGACUUCACUGAAAGUACCUUCUCUACAAUGCCUAAUUGGGAAACCACCACACAGAAACCAACGGACCAAACAACUUCUCCAACAACUAAGGGUACAACUGGGCCAUCACCGACAACAGAACAAACAUCCACCAACCCGACCACGACGAUUUCAACAACUAAAAUGAAUUGGCCGUCAACUUCCGAGUGGACUGAAAGUGUCUCCUCUACAAUGCAUAAUUGGGAAACCUCCACUAAGAAACCAACGGACCAAACAACUUCUCCAACAACUAAGGGUACAACUGGGCCAUCACCGACUACAGUACCAACAUCAACCGUCCCGACCACGACGAUUUCAACAACUAAAAUGAAUUGGCCGUCAACUUCCGAGUGGACUGAAAGUGUCUCCUCUACAAUGCAUAAUUGGGAAACCAACACACAGAAACCAACGGACCAAACAACUUCUCCAACAACUAAGAGUACAACUGGGCCAUCACCGACUACAGAACCAACAUCCACCAACCCGACCACGACGAUCGCAACAACUAAAAUGAAUUGGCUGUCAACUUCUGACUUCACUGAAAGUACCUUCUCUACAAUGCCUAAUUGGGAAACCUCCACUCAGAAACCAACGGACCAAACAACUUCUCCAACAACUAAGGGUACAACUGGGCCAUCACCGACAAGAGAACCAACAUCCACCAACCCGACCACGACGAUCGCAACAACUAAAAUGAAUUGGCUGUCAACUUCUGACUUCACUGAAAGUACCUUCUCUACAAUGCCUAAUUGGGAAACCUCCACUCAGAAACCAACGGACCAAACAACUUACCUUACCACAAAGGGUACAACUGGGCCAUCACCGACUACAGUACCAACAUCCACCGUCCCGACCACGACGAUUUCAACAACUAAAAUGAAUUGGCCGUCAACUUCCGAGUGGACUGAAAGUGUGUCCUCUACAAUGCAUAAUUGGGAAACCAACACACAGAAACCAACGGACCAAACAACAUCUCCAACAACUAAGAGUACCACUGGGCCAUCACCGACUACAGAACCAACAUCCAUCAACCCGACCAAGACGAUCGCAACAACUAAAAUGAAUUGGCCGUCAACUUCCGAGUUGAGUGAAAGUGCCUCCUCUACAAUGCCUAAUUGGGAAACCACCACUCAGAAACCAACGGACCAAACAACUUCUACAACAACUAAGGGUACAACUGGGCCAUCACCGACUACAGAACAAACAACACAUCCCGCUACAACGAUCACAACAACUAAAAUGAAUUGGCCGUCAACUUCUGACUUCACUGAAAGUACCUUCUCUACAAUGCCUAAUUGGGAAACCACCACACAGAAACCAACGGACCAAACAACUUCUCCAACAACUAAGGGUACAACUGGGCCAUCACCGACAACAGAACAAACAACAACACAUCCCGCUACAACGAUCGCAACAACUAAAAUGAAUUGGCCGUCAACUUCCGAGUGGACUGAAAGUGUCUCCUCUACAAUGCAUAAUUGGGAAACCUCCACUCAGAAACCAACGGACCAAACAACUUCUGCAACAACUAAGGGUACAACUGGGCCUUUACCGACAACAGAACAAACAUCCACCAACCCGACCACGACGAUUUCAACAACUAAAAUGAAUUGGCCGUCAACUUCUGAGUGGACUGAAAGUGUCUCCUCUACAAUGCAUAACUGGGAAACCACCACACAGAAACCAACAGACCAAACAACUUACCCAACAACUAAGGGUACAACUGGGCCAUCACCGACAUCAAAACCAACACCUACCAACCACAGAACGACGAUCUCAACAACUAAAAUGAAUUGGCCGUCAACUUCUGACUUCACUGAAAGUGUCUCUUCUACAAUGCAAAAUUGGGAAACCACCACACAGAAACCAACAGACCAAACAACUUACACAACAACUAAGGGUACAACUGGGCCAUCACCGACAUCAAAACCAACACCUACCAACCUCAGAACGACGAUCUCAACAACUGAAAUGAAUUGGCCGUCGACUUCUGACUUCACUGAAAGUAACUUCUCUACAAUGCAUAAUUGGGAAACCACCACACAGAAACCAACAGACCAAACAAAUUCUCCAACAACUAAGGGUACAACUGGGCCAUCACCGACUACAGUACCAACAUCCACCAACCCGACCACGACGAUCGCAACAACUAAAAUUAAUUGGCCGUCAACUUCCGAGUGGACUGAAAGUGUGUCCUCUACAAUGCAUAAUUGGGAAACCAACACACAGAAACCAACGGACCAAACAACAUCUCCAACAACUAAGAGUACAACUGGGCCAUCACCGACUACAGAACCAACAUUCACCAACCCGACCACGACGAUCGCAACAACUAAAAUGAAUUGGCCGUCAACUUCCGAGUUGAGUGAAAGUGCCUCCUCUACAAUGCCUAAUUGGGAAACCACCACUCAGAAACCAACGGACCAAACAACUUCUACAACAACUAAGGGUACAACUGGGCCAUCACCGACUACAGAACAAACAACACAUCCCGCUACAACGAUCGCAACAACUAAAAUGAAUUGGCCGUCAACUUCUGACUUCACUGAAAGUACCUUCUCUACAAUGCCUAAUUGGGAAACCACCACACAGAAACCAAAGGACCAAACAACUUCUCCAACAACUAAGAGUACAACUGGGCCAUCACCGACUACAGAACCAACAUCCACCAACCCGACCACGACGAUCGCAACAACUGAAAUGAAUUGGCCGCCAACUUCUGACUUCACUGAAAGUGUCUCCUCUACAAUGCAAAAUUUGGAAACCACCACACAGAAACCAACAGACCAAACAACUUACACAUCAACUAAGAGUACAACUGGGCCAUCACCGACUACAGAACCAACAUCCACCAACCCGACCACGACGAUCUCAACAACUGAAAUGAAUUGGCCGUCAACUUCUGACUUCACUGAAAGAAACUUCUCUACAAUGCAUAAUUGGGAAACCACCACACAGAAACCAACUGACCAAACAAAUUCUCCAACAACUAAGAGUACAACUGGGCCAUCACCGACUACAGAACCAACAUCCACCAACCAGACCACGACGAUCGCAACAACUAAAAUUAAUUGGCCGUCAACUUCCGAGUGGACUGAAAGUGUGUCCUCUACAAUGCAUAAUUGGGAAACCAACACACAGAAACCAACGGACCAAACAACAUCUCCAACAACUAAGGGUACAACUGGGCCAUCACCGACAUCAAAACCAACACCUACCAACCUCAGAACGACGAUCUCAACAACUGAAAUGAAUUGGCCGUCAACUUCUGACUUCACUGAAAGUAACUUCUCUACAAUGCAUAAUUGGGAAACCACCACACAGAAACCAACGGACCAAACAAAUUCUCCAACAACUAAGGGUACAACUGGGCCAUCACCGACUACAGAACCAACAUCCACCAACCCGACCACGACGAUCGCAACAACUAAAAUGAAUUGGCUGUCAACUUCUGACUUCACUGAAAGUACCUUCUCUACAAUGCCUUAUUGGGAAACCUCCACACAGAAACCAACGGACCAAACAACUUCUCCAACAACUAAGGAUACAACUGGGCCUUUACCGUCAACAGAACAAUCAACAACACAUCCCGCUACAGCGAUCGCAACAACUGAAAUGAAUUGGCCGUCAACUUCUGACUUCACUGAAAGUGCCUCCUCUACAAUGCAUAAUUGGAAAUCCUCCACUAAGAAACCAACGGACCAAACAACUUCUCCAACAACUAAGGGUACAACUGGGCCAUCAACAACUACAGUACCAACAUUCACCAACCCGACCACGACGAUUUCAACAACUAAAAUUAAUUGGCCGUCAACUUCCGAGUGGACUGAAAGUGUCUCCUCUACAAUGCAUAAUUGGGAAACCAACACACAGAAACCAACGGACCAAACAACUUCUCCAACAACUAAGGGUACAACUGGGCCAUCACCGACAUCUAAACCAACACCUACCAACGUCAGAACAACGAUCUCAACAACUAAAAUGAAUUGGCCGUCAACUUCUGACUUUACUGAAAGUACCUUCUCUACAAUGCCUAAUUGGGAAACCUCCACUCAGAAACCAACAGACCAAACAACUUACCCAACAACUAAGGGUACAACUGGGCCAUCACCGACAUCAAAACCAACACCUACCAACCUCAGAACGACGAUCUCAACAACUGAAAUGAAUUGGCCGUCAGCUUCUGACUUCACUGAAAGUACCUUCUCUACAUUGCCGAAAUGGGAAACCUCCACUCAGAAACCAACAAAGCAAACAUCUUCUCCAACAACUAAGGAUACAACUGGGUCAUCACCGACAACAGUACCAACAACAACACAUCCCGCUACCACGAUUUCAACAACUAAAAUGAAUUGGCCGUCAACUUCCGAAUGGACUGAAAGUGCCUUCUCUACAAUGCCUAAUUGGAAAACCACCACACAGAAACCAACAGACCAAACAACUUACCUAACAUUUAAGGGAACAACUGGGCCAUCCCCGACAACAGUACCAACAUCCACCAACCUCAGAACGACUAUCUCAACAACUAAAAUGAAUUGGCCAUCAACUUCCGAGUGGACUGAAAGUGCCUCCUCUACAAUGCAUAAUUACGAAACCACCACUCAGAAAUCAACAGGCCAAACAACUUACCUAACCACUAAGGGUAGAACUGGGCCAUCACCGACAGCGGAACGUUCAACCACCAUCCCUACAACAACUGGGUCCUCGCCUACAAUUGAAUCAACAUCAACGACGAUAUCAACAAUUACAUUGAAUUGGCAGUCAACUCAACCAUCACCGACAACGGAGCCGACAACUGCAACUCCUGAUAUUACAACACCGCAAUCUACAAUGAAUUGGAUGUCGACAUCUGAUUGGACUGCGAGUACCUCUUUGGUAGUUCAUACCUCGGGAACCACAACUCCCAAACUGUCAACUAGAAAUACUUACGGUAUCUUUAGGUCAUCACCUACACCAGAAAAAGCAGACACGAUCACCACAAUGAAUACUAACAUGAAAUCGACAUCUGAAAGAACCUCCUGGGAAACCGUCACCGCUUCCCCCACCGUUAUAUUCACUUAUCCAUCACUGCCAACAAUACACCAAUCAACCAGUAUUCCCUCGAUGUCGACCUCUGACUUGGCUGCAAGCACUUCCUCGCAAACUACACCGACGCCAAUACCAACCCCAACAAUCACCGGGCAAUGUGUGGGCGAGAAAGUGCCCCCUCUCGACAUCAGUAUCUUACGUGAAAUCAAUGGUGAUUUUGAUUAUGAAAAUGGUCAUUUCUACAUGCUACCAGAUGUAAAGACGGCUUCAUUAGUGUUUAAUAUCAGUGCCGACAGCAAUGGGGUAAUUUUUGAUUCGCUCGGUGUUGAAUUCAAUCAGAUAACUAAAGCGGACAUCGAGAUUCUCGACCCAGCAGGUUUCGUUAUCGAACCAUCAUUUACGGUGUUGGGGCUUGAAGGAGAACCAUCCCAAAUAAGAACGGUGAAUUUAAAUAAUUUGUCUGGUGGCAUUGCACUUCGCAUGAAACUCACACUUGCAUCUAAUCACACUUCGGCCUACAUAGCAGAUGUAUCAAUCAUGGCUUGCUAUACGCCAGUGUGCGAGAAGAUCGUUAUGGACGAAUCUUUCAGUGACUGUUUAGAUAUAUCUACGAACCUGCUAGGUGUUGAUCCCUUCAACGUUCUGAUGCAAACCCAGGCCCAACUGACAAUGUCGAUGACGUCACUGGUAACUAACGGAGAACCAGAGUUCUAUCUCUCCAUGUAUUUUACAAAUGUCACCACCUUACCAGUGUGCCGUGUAGAAUUCGUGGCGGUAAAUGUUACCAAUGUGUUACUGAGUUACGUCGUGAGUGGUUCUACUGAACUAAUUGAAGUGAGUCAACACUUGUACUACGGCGGGAACGACGAGGUCCAUGUCUCUAUUGACCUGAAUGACACGCCAAGGGUAUCAGGAUUCACUCUAAAGUAUUAUGGAGAACCAAGCAGCGUGAUGGAAAUUAAAGACUUUGUUAUCGUCGCUUGCGAUGCAUUCAAUAUGACAUUACUUACAGCAUCAGAGACAGGAAAUGUUUCUACAAAGGUGCUUGCAAUAGGUCACCAUGAGACUUUGUCUCAGACGGCCCAAUAA